UCGGCAGCGGUGGUAAUGGCUGCUCCUCUCAUGCCGCCGAUCUUCACACAUUAAUAUGAUUAAAGAUGAUUUUUUGAUCGAUUUUCAUAACAUUAUAAGAAACCAAACCUCCUAAAUUCAAAAGGUGAUAUUACAGGAUUCGGCAGAAUGACGUCCAUCAUCAAGCUGACGGCUCUAUCCGGAGUCCAGGAGGAAUCUGCUCUGUGUUACCUGCUACAGGUGGACGAGUUUCGCUUUCUGCUCGACUGCGGCUGGGAUGAAACUUUCUCCAUGGACAUCAUAGAUUCCCUGAAGCGGUAUGUGCAUCAGGUGGAUGCAGUGCUGCUUUCUCACCCUGAUCAUGUGCAUUUGGGUGCUUUACCGUAUGCUGUGGGCAAACUGGGGCUCAACUGUACAAUCUAUGCCACCAUCCCAGUCUACAAGAUGGGCCAGAUGUUCAUGUAUGAUCUCUAUCAGUCUCGACACAACACAGAAGAUUUCACCCUCUUCACGCUGGACGAUGUCGAUUCGGCUUUUGACAAAAUCCAGCAACUGAAAUACUCACAGAUCGUCAACCUGAAAGGGAAAGGUCAUGGUCUGUCCAUCACACCGCUUCCUGCGGGUCACAUGAUCGGCGGAACUAUCUGGAAAAUAGUGAAGGAUGGAGAGGAAGAAAUCAUCUAUGGUGUGGAUUUCAACCACAAGAGGGAGAUUCAUCUGAACGGCUGCUCGCUGGAGACUCUCAGCAGACCCUCUCUCCUCAUCACAGACUCCUUCAACGCCUCGUAUGUUCAGCCUCGCAGAAAACAACGAGACGAGCAGCUGCUCACCAAUGUGAUGGAGACUCUGCGGGGCGAUGGGAAUGUGCUGAUCGCAGUGGAUACAGCGGGACGGGUGCUGGAACUGGCCCAGCUCCUGGAUCAGAUCUGGAGGACCAAGGAUGCAGGACUGGGCGUUUAUUCACUCGCUCUGCUCAACAACGUCAGCUACAACGUGGUGGAGUUCUCAAAAUCCCAGGUCGAGUGGAUGAGCGACAAACUGAUGCGCUGCUUUGAGGACAAGAGGAACAACCCUUUCCAGUUCCGGCACCUGUCACUCUGCCAUGGCCUGUCAGAUCUGGCUCGAGUGCCCAGCCCGAAGGUGGUUCUGUGCAGUCAGCCGGAUCUGGAGUCUGGCUUCUCUCGGGAGCUCUUCAUACAGUGGUGCCAAGACUCCAAAAACUCAGUCAUCCUCACCUACAGGACCACACCGGGAACACUGGCCCGAUACCUCAUAGAUAACCCCGGGGAGAAGAGGAUAGAGCUGGAGAUAAGAAAGCGCUGCCGACUGGAGGGACGAGAACUAGAGGAGUACAUGGAGAAAGAGAAGAUGAAGAAAGAAGCUGCCAAAAAACUGGAGCAGGCAAAAGAAGUGGACCUAGACUCGAGUGAUGAAAGCGAUAUGGAGGAUGAUCUGGAGCAGCCGGCGGUGGUGAAAACCAAACAUCACGACCUGAUGAUGAAGGGUGAAGGCGGCAGGAAGGGAGGAUUCUUUAAACAGGCCAAGAAAUCCUACCCGAUGUUCCCUACACACGAGGAGAGAAUCAAGUGGGACGAGUAUGGAGAGAUCAUCAGGCCUGAGGAUUUCCUGGUCCCGGAGCUGCAGGCCACAGAAGAGGAGAAGAGCAAGCUGGAAUCUGGACUGACUAACGGAGAGGAGCCCAUGGAGCAGGACCUGUCGGACGUGCCCACCAAAUGCACGAGCACCACUCAGACGCUGGAGAUCAGAGCCCGAGUGACGUAUAUCGACUAUGAAGGCCGAUCUGAUGGUGACUCUAUCAAGAAGAUCAUCAACCAGAUGAAGCCUCGGCAGCUGAUCAUCGUUCACGGGCCACCAGACGCCAGUCUGGACCUGGCUGAGUCCUGCAAGGCCUACAGUGGGAAAGACAUCAAAGUGUACACUCCCAAACUGCAGGAGACGGUGGACGCCACCAGCGAAACACACAUUUACCAGGUGCGGCUGAAGGACUCUCUGGUCAGCUCUCUGCAGUUCUGUAAGGCCAGAGAUACAGAGCUGGCCUGGAUCGACGGUGUUCUGGACAUGCGUGUAGAGAAAGUGGACACUGGUGUGAUCGUGGAGCUGGGAGAGGCGAAGGACGAGGUGGAGGAAGGAGGAGAGCAAGGGAUGGAGGUGACUGAGGAGCUAAGCACUGAGCCCAGCACUGCCGCCGCCGCAAACCAGAGGGCCAUGAAGACACUGUUUGGAGAAGAUGAGAAGGAGAUUUCAGAGGAGAGCGACGUCAUUCCUACACUGGAGCCACUGCCGGCACACGAGGUCCCGGGUCAUCAGUCUGUGUUCAUCAACGAGCCACGGCUGUCAGACUUUAAACAGGUUCUGCUGCGUGAAGGCAUUCAGGCUGAGUUUGUUGGUGGAGUUCUGGUGUGUAAUAAUCUGGUGGCCGUCAGGAGGACUGAAGCGGGCCGCAUCUGUCUGGAAGGCUGCCAUUGUGACGAUUACUACAGGAUCCGUGAGCUGUUGUAUGAGCAGUACGCCGUUGUUUAAUGCUCAUUCAGCCGCAGUGCAAACUUUCAUUCCCUUCACAUCUUUUGUAGCUUUUGAGUCGCCUAUGUUUUAUUAUUGUUUACCCACAUGUUUUCAUGACGGACAUUUUGACCCAAAUCGAGAGCAUCUGCCUGGACUGUUGAAGAAUCAUUGCUUUUGUUCAGAACUGCUGGAUGGAAAGAAAUGUUUUUUACUCCUUUAUUUUGUUCACUGAUAAAAACUUCAGUUUUCGUAAUGA